GCCAUGCGGUCAAAUUUAAACACUCUAAUAGUAAUUUUAGGCCAAUAAUUGGCUGGUCGUUAUCAGCUUGUUCUGGUACCGUUCAUGUUCAGUUUCUCAAGCCUGGCUUCCACACGCCUAUACAAUUAAACAUUGUUACAGUUUUUCUCCUUUUUUUAGAGAGAGAACUAUUACAGUGUUUCUCUCUUAACAGAUUGUGCUCUAUUUGGAUUUGCAAAAUCUUGCAAGUUCAUUCCGCUUGCACCAGCAAAAGGUGCAAGUCAGCAUCGCAGCAAAACGUGUGUUGCAAUAGUACACAGAUGCCGAAUUGGCAGUUAUACCCCAGUGUAGUAUCAUAAUAUCAUGCCACCUAAGCACUGUAUCAAGUGAUAUGGUCGUGAUUCAUGAUGGUUUAGGGCCUCUUAAUUUGAGUUAAACCAGACCAUAACCUGCCGUAACACCUCAGUGCCCAGCUGUUUGUGUGCUGUCGCCAUGAGGCCAACUGUUUCUUACCCUGACGCGUUGGGAUACUACAUGGUGUGGUCACUCUUGCCUAGUACUCCUAGGAUUCCAAUUUUGUUGAAGAAAAAUGCUCACAAAAGCUCUUAGAAGCAUGCUCACAAUAUCCAAAGUUAAUAUUUGGAUACUCCUCACAUUCAGCUCCACCGGGUCAUCACUCCUCACAGCUUUUGCUGCAUUCCUCCUAUCUAUAAUAAUCUGCCGUACCAAAACUGCAGGUCUUAAAGGCCUAGAAUAUCAUGGCAUUCCGGUGCCCCCUCUAGCCCAGUAAAAGGUUCCAUCCAUCUGAGGAUAAACACUCGGCAUACAUGAUCUACCAGCUGUAAAAUUGAAUCCUUUUCCAUCUUGCAACAUAAGAGCACAAAAGUUCAAUGCAGAUGCAUUGCCAUCAUCAUAGGCUCAGCCCUCUCUGUCCUUUGUUUUUGUUCUAAGCAGCAAGGAAGAGGAAUAGGUACCAGAAAUGUCUGGAAAAGGGAAGAGGCGAAGCGCUAGAUUGUUGAAGCUGGAGGAGGAGAAGAACGACGGCGACUCCGGCGGCGUCUGCCUCCUUGAUCCCUGGCAAAUAAUCCGGAACAGCAUUUCCGGUUCGAGCGCGCGGGGGAAGAGAAAAAGGAAUGGAGAAAUCCAGCAAUUGCAGGGAGAAGCUUCAUGUAGCCACCAACAGCCAUUAGAUGCACCCAAUAGCAAUAACUCGCCAAGCCAAGGCUCAGUAGGGCAAAUAAUCGAGUACAUCCUUGACGAAUUGGAGCUGAGAGAUCGGCAUGAGUUGUUUGCGAUGCCAGAUGACAUCCAGGUGACUGAUUAUGCAGAGCGAGUGAGCCGGCCCGGCGACUUUGCGACAUUAAGGCAGAAGAACAAGGAUGGCAUGUACACGGCACUAGAGCAAUUUGAGAACGAUGUUUACAUGGUGUUCCAGAGAGCAAUAACGAUGAACGGCCAUGAUACCGUGCCUUUCAGAGAGGCGAUGUCACUGCUAGAUCAAGCCAAGCAGGUGUUCACGUCCCUGAAGAAGAACCAGAUGUACUCGGUGACGGAGCUCGCGGCAUGGCGCCAGAGGCACCUGGACAAGCUGCAGCAGCCGAUCACGCCGGAGGGAAGAGAAGGGGGCAACAGGGGCCCUUCGCGCCACGCAGCUGCUCCGCCGCUGCAGCCGUCCGCCGCCACGCCGAGGAAGAAGAGCGCCAGCGAGACGAGGAAGCAGGAGAGCGCCAGCACCGGCGGCAACACUCCGGAGAAACAGAGAACGAGGCAGCGACGCGCCAAGGAGAUCAUCAAUGGCACGCCGCCGGGAAAGAAGGCGAGGAAAGCGAUGGCGGCGGGCGUUGGCGGCGCCGGCGUGGUGCCGCGAAGGAGGCUGACGUACAACGAAGGUGCCGGAGCCGAUCAAGGCUGGCGAGCCAUGGCGACGCCUGUCUUCCAAGGCCGGCACGUUGCCGUCAAUACUCAGCCGCAGGAGCACACCUACCGCGACAGCUUGCACGGGUUCGUGCGGCACGCGGGGCUCAAGGCGCGCGUGGCCGCCGAGUUCAGGACGCUCGAGUGCGUCGCGCGCGCCAGGCACAGCCCCGCGCCGCAAUGCUGGAGCGGCUUCUCUCCCAGCGCCGGCUUCCUGCCGCCGUCGCCCCGUCCCCUGGCCGCCGCCGCCGCCACGGAAGCGAUCCCAGCGCGGCCGUCGUCCGCCGCCGACCGGGCGGCGGCACCCGAGUGCAAGCUGGAGACGGACGAGGUGCUCCAGCUCUUCGUGCUCAUGGGCACGCCCGCCGCGUUCUUGGACAGAGCCAAGAAGAUGUUCGGCGACGACGGGCGCGAGGAGACAGCAAGGAAGGAGGGGCAAGCGACCAAGGCUGCCGACGAUGCCAGGGCUGGCGAGGCGGCAGAGGCCGAGACCGGGCGGAAGAGCGGCGCGAGCGUGCCAUCGGCCGCCGCGCGCGGGCCGUUCGCGGCGCCCAAGCUGGUCCCCGGCCGGCUGGGCUUCGGCGAGUUCGCGAGCUCUUCAAGGCAGCCCUUCAAGCUGAAGUCGAAGCCUUCGACGUCGUCGAGUGCUGCAGGCAAGAAGAAAAUUUCGUGAAUAAAAAAAUCAGCUAUAGCUGCCGGCCUUUGUUAAUUGUCUCUGUUGAUCAGAAUCUUGUGUCUUCAACUUGAAGAAAGAUACACAAUAAUUUGAUGAUUUAGCUUCUAUAUUUUAUUUUGAAA